AUGUUUCCAUAUUCAAGGCGUUUUUUAUCAUCCUGUUUAAACGCUAGGUCCACUAGAUCGAUUCGCGAAUUAUUGCAAAUCAAAGAGGUACCCGUUAGUCCAAUCGAGGUGAAAGGAUGGAUCAAAUCUUUCCGCGCUUUAAAGAAAGUAUCCUUUAUAGACCUAUAUGAUGGUACCACUAAUGAAACCCUUAAGGUUGUAAUUCCGAUCACUGCUUGUCCUGAGGUACAAGGUAAACCAUCUUUAAAGACUGGCCAAUCCGUGGUUAUAAAAAAUGCUCAUUGGAAAUGGACACCUAACCGCGAACAAUCUUUCGAGCUGUCAUGUUCUAGAGAUGAUGUUGAGAUUCUUGGUGAAGUUGGUGGAGAUUUCCCCUUACAAAAGAAGUACGUUAGCCUGAAACAGUUGCGCAAAUGGCCUCUUUGGAAGCACAGAACCACUUAUUUGGCAAGCUUACUGCGAUUUCGCUCUUAUAUUGAGACAGAAUUAACCAAGAUACUAUCAAAUGAAAGCUUUUUUAAGGUACAACCACCUAUAUUGACUGGAAGUGAUUGCGAAGGAGGUGGUGAGCUAUUUUACGUUGAGAGUAAUGACUCUAGGAUUACUCCAGGAGCCUCAAAGAUGAAAUAUUUUGGACAGGAUACGUAUUUGACUGUAUCAACACAGUUACACCUGGAGGUUCUUGCCCUGGCUAUGAGAAAUGUCUGGACGCUGUCCCCAUGCUUUCGUGCAGAGAAAAGUGAUACCAAUCGCCACCUUUCUGAAUUCUGGAUGCUAGAGGCUGAGAUGUGCUUUGUGGACGAUGUAAGGGUAUUAACCCAAUUUGUGGAAGAUAUCAUCAAGAACCUUGUUCGGUCCUUGCUUCUCCAGCAGAAUCAGUUAUUACCACAAUUGGUCCCAGAAGAAGGUGCUGAUGCUACAGAAGAGGUCAUAAAACAGUGGAAUUCCCUCAUUAAUGACAAAUGGACCACAAUUACCUAUACUGAAGCUAUUGAACUUUUGGUUCAACGGCACAGCGGGGAACCGUUUAACCACAUACCUAGAUGGGGUAACGCUCUUCAAGCUGAACAUGAAAAAUGGCUUUCCGGUACAAAGUUUGGAGGCCCAGUAUUCGUCAUAGAUUACCCCAAGGAUUGCAAGGCUUUUUAUAUGAAAGUUAACUCCGAUAACAAAACGGUCGCUUGUUUCGACCUUUUAGUCCCCGAUAUGGGUGAAGUUGUUGGUGGAAGCGUUAGAGAAGAUGACUACAGAAGGCUUAUUGCCGAAAUGGAGGCUAGAAAAAUGAACAUACAAGAAUUGUACUGGUACACUGAAUUGCGUAAGCAUGGCAGCGUUCCCCACAGUGGUUUUGGAUUAGGUAUGGAAAGGUUGGUUAGCUGGUUGUAUGGUAACCACAAUAUAAGAGAUGCGGUUCCGUUCCACAGGGCAGCUAGGUCAACUAUACACCUUUAA